CCUCGUCCAUAACCAUAGCUGUGUGAAUAUUUAAAGCCCUUCGAGCCAGACUUGGUUCAGUCUAGUCUAUCAGUCUCACUCCCUUAUCUGAGAUUGUCCUACUCUCUACCACCAACAUGCCGUUCUUCUUCCCAGAAUACAUGAGCACAUACCGGUGUUGGCUCACUGUCUCCUUAGCAUCAGCAAUUGUUUUGGUCCGUGGCUUUCCUUCGUAUUCAGUUCUGGGCUCCCAUGUCCUCACCGCACUGUCAGUCUUUCUAUUGCACUGGAUCGUGUAUGGCAUUUACACCGUCAUCAUCUACCCUCAUUUUGUGAGUCCUUUGCGACAUCUCCCAGGUCCUUCCGGCGGAUCUUUCUUCAACGGCCAAUGGUCAGUCCUGGUCGCCGAACCCUCCGGAAUUCCUCCACGAAGAUGGGCCAACGAAAUCCCGAACAAUGGUCUCAUCCGUUAUUUACACUUGUUCAACCGCGAACGAGUCCUGGUCACUAGCCCCAAAGGCCUCGCCGAAGUUCUGACCACCAAAAGCUAUGACUUCAUUAAACCAUCCCUUCUUCGUUCUGGCAUUGGCCAGAUCUUGGGAAUCGGUAUUCUCUUUGCAGAAGGCGAUGAACACAAGGCUCAGAGGAAGAAUCUUAUGCCCGCCUUCAACUUUCGCCACAUCAAGGAACUCUAUCCCAUCUUUUGGUCCAAGUCACGCGAAAUGAUUCAGGCCAUCAAGGCUGACUUCAAACCCUCGGACGAAUCCAAGCAUGUCGUCGAAAUCGGCGAGUGGGCUAGUCGAGCUACUCUCGACAUAAUCGGCGUCGCCGGUCUGGGUCAAGAUUUCGAGGCUUUGAAGGACCCCUCCAACGAACUCAACACCAUAUAUCGUUCCAUUUUCCAACCUAAUCGCACCGCACAGAUUCUCGGCUUGUUGCAGUUUUUCAUUCCCCAUGUCAUCAUUAGAAACCUUCCCUUCGAGCGCAACAGCCAGGUCCACGCCGCUUCCAAAGUUGCCCGAGAUACCUGCCGCCGUCUGGUCGAGCAAAAGAAACAGCGUCUAGCUAACAAAGAACCCAUGCAUCCAGACAUCAUCUCCGUUGCCCUCGAAUCCGGUGGAUUUACCGAAGACCAGCUUGUGGAUAACAUGAUGACUUUCCUGGCCGCCGGCCACGAGACCACCGCUUCCUCUCUCACUUGGGCCGCUUACGUCCUCAGCAAGCACCCGGAAAUGCAGAAACGACUGCGUGAGGAGAUUCGGUCCCACAUCCCCAGCCUCGACAGUGACAACAUCACCCACGAGAUUUUAGACAACAUGCCAUAUCUUCACGCUGUCUGUCAGGAAGUCCUGCGGCUCUGGGCCCCUGUUCCAUUGACUCUUCGUGAUGCCGCCCACCACACAACCAUUCUUGGUGAAUUUGUCCCCAAGGGUACAAAGGUCAUUCUUUCGCCAUGGGCCAUCAACAACAACAAGGAACUGUGGGGCGAUGAUGCUGAUUACUUCAACCCAGACCGGUGGAUGGCACCUGGUCAGAGCAAUGCCGGCGGUGCUGUCAGCAACUACGCCUUUUUGACCUUCUUGCACGGACCGAGAAGCUGCAUCGGUAUGAAAUUUGCCCAGGCUGAGUUUGCCGCCCUACUCGCAGCCUUUGUGGGAACCUGGGAAUUUGAAAUGGUCGAUCCAGAUGAAGAGAUUGUGAUCAAAGGAGGCAUCACCGCCAGACCCAGAGAUGGCAUGCGUUUAUACGUCAAACCUGCAGGCGAUUGGUAAUGCCAUGUCUGCGUUUCACUGUGCGUUCCAUGCUCGUUGUUGUUGGUUGGAUCAUCUCCUCUUGUUGUACACUUCUCAUAACAUAUUCGAGCCCCACAUAUACAAUA